UUUUUUUUUUACAUAAAUCUAAUUAUGCCUCCUGUGGCAACAGAGAAUUCACCUUUAUUACAGCACAAAAAUCCUUCCUAUCAAGACAGGAUAGAGAUUGAAGAUGAUGAUACUGGCAUUAUCUCUGUUGUUUCUUCCACUCCAAAAGUAGAUGAAGAUAAUGAUAUUUUAGCCAAGAGGUUAAGAGGUGCACCUCUAAUGGUUGUUUUAAUUGGUUUAUGGGUUGGUGUAGGUUUAUCUUCUUUAGACGCUUCUAUUGUCGCUACCAUCUAUCCUCAGAUCGGUACUGAGUUCAAAAGAUCAAAUGAAAUUGUUUGGAUUGCUACAGCUUAUAUGUUGAGUUACACUGCACUUCAACCCUUAUAUGGCCGACUUUCGGAUGCUAUAGGUAGAAGAAGAGCUAUUUUAUUUGCCACUGUUGUGUUCUUUGUUGGAUCUGGAUUAUGUGGUGCCUCGACUACACUUUGGGCACUUGUAUUUUCGAGAACUGUUGCUGGUAUUGGUGGUGGUGGUAUGAAUACCAUGUCUGCUGUCAUUACAAGUGAUUUAGUCUCACUUCGAGAGAGAGGCAAAUACCAAGGCUAUGCCAAUAUUGCCUAUGGCUUGGGUUCAGUUAUCGGUGCACCUCUGGGAGGUUUGAUUACGGAUAAUGUUGGAUGGCGUUAUUGUUUCUAUAUCAACCUACCACUUUUGCUCAUCUCACUUUAUGUUUGUCUGUAUUUGUUGAAUGACUAUAAUCUGGUAGAACAAAAUGACGAUCUUACAUUGUAUCAAAGAUUUAAGAAGAUUGACUUUUUGGGUGCCUUCUUUGUUGUCGCUUCUGUUGUUUGUUUCUUGACCUCUACUUCAUUAGGUGGCAAUUCUCGUGCUUGGAGCGAUCCUUUGGUCUAUGGUAUGUUGAUUGCUUCUGUUGUCUUGGGUGCUGCUUUUUGUUUUGUGGAAGCCAAGGUUGCAGAAAAUCCAUUGAUGCCCUGGCACAUUAUUUCUGCUCGUACACCUUUUGCUUCUUCCUUGACAAAUUUCUUUGGCGUGAUGGGCUCUUUUGCCAUGACUUAUACUACACCUUUGUUCUUCCAAGGUGUCUUGGGCUACAAUUCUUCACAAGCUGGCUUGUUUUUCUUACCUAAAGUUGUAGCCAUGUCUUGUGGUUCUCUUUCUUCUGGCUUCUGGAUGGCAAGAACAGGUGAAUACCGUAAGUUUAUUAUUGUGUCUGCUUUAUUAGCACUUGCUUCUAUGAUUGGUACGAGUCUAUGGACAGAAGAGACAUCUUUUGUUUUUAUUAUUGCUUGUCUGGUCUUGGAUGGUUAUUCUUCAGGUGCUCUAAUUACAACUGCUCUUGUAUCUAUGCUUUCCUGCGUUGGUAGUACAGAUAUGGCUACAAUCACUUCUAUUUCUUAUCUAUUCCGCUCUACAGGUGGUGUCGUUGGUAUCUCGGUCACAUCUGCCAUUUUCCAAGGUGUUGUCAAAAAGCUGUUAUCUGAACGUAUUACUGGUCCAGAUGCAGAGGAAAUCAUUGAUAUUGCUCGUAAAUCCAUGACACAAGUACGUGAACUUCUUCCUCCUGAUGCUCUCGCUAUUGUAUUAGAUACCUACCAAAUUGCUGUUCGUUAUUCAUUCUAUUACUGUGUUGUUAUUUCUGUUUUCUGUGUCAUUGCUACUUUGUUUAUUCAGCAAUUUCAAUUGCAUACUAAAGUGAAAUAGACUUAAUAAAAUUCAGAUGACUAGUCCUCCUUUUUUUAAAAAAAA